AUGGUUUCCGAACCCCAGCAGCAGCCGCAAGAGCUCCCGACUCACCAGAGCGGGUUCACUCCCCCCGCCGCAGACAAGGUAGACGUGCCAGCCGUCGCGUCUUCCUUUGUCUCGGCUUUCGCAGCCGCCGCAGCCCAGCCCGGCAAUGGCGAGCGCUUCGCUGCACUCUUCACGCCGACGGGCUACUGGCGUGACAUUCUGGCGUUCACGCACGACUUCCGCACCUUCUCCGCCGAGAACAAGGGCCAGAUCGCCACCGCCGCGGCGGACACGUUCCCGGGCACCAAGGCACGCGAGUUUGCCGUCGCGCCCGAGCCGGCCGCCGUGCUCGAGUCGCCGUUCCCCGACGUGAGCUGGGUGCGCGUCCACUUCAACUUCCGGACCAGCCUGGGCACCGCCUCGGGCGUCGCGCGCAUCGUGUAUGACGAGCGCAUUGCCGAGUGGAAGGCGUACACCGUCUACACUUUGCUCGAGGAGAUCGACGGCCACCCCCAGCGCGUCGGUGCUCAGCGUAUCGAGGGCGAGCAGAACCUCCAGGAGACUUACGACCAGCGGAGGGAGCGCGAGAGCGAGUUCAAGGACAAGGACCCCGAGGUUCUGAUCCUUGGAGCCGGCCACAACGGUCUCGCCACAGCCGCCAUGCUCAACUCGUUUGGCGUCACGUCGCUCUGCAUUGACAAGUUUGAGCGCAUCGGCGACAACUGGCGCAAGCGCUAUGCGUCCCUCUCCCUCCACGACCCGGUGUACACCAACCACAUGCCGUUCAUGCCGUUCCCGGACAACUGGCCCAAGUUUAUGCCGGCGGGCAAGCUGGCCAACUGGCUCGAGUCGUACGCCGAGGCGAUGGAGUGCAACGUGUGGCUGAAGAGCACGCUCGACCCCGCGCGUACAAAGUGGGACGCGGCGGCCAACAAGUGGAACGUGGUCGUGCUGCGGACCAAGGCCGACGGGAGCGUCGAGGAGCGCCCCAUGUCGGUCGGGCACAUUGUGCUCGCUACCGGCCUCGCGGGCGGCAAGGCCAAGAUGCCGCCUCCGUUCAAGGGCCAGGAGGAGUGGGCCGGGUCCAUCGUCCACUCGUCCAAGCACGCCGGCGGGGACGCGUGGACGGGCAAGAAGGCGCUCGUCGUCGGCGCGUGUACUUCGGCCCACGACAUCAGCGCCGACCUCGUCAACAAGGGCGUCAAGACCACCAUGCUCCAGCGGUCGCCCACGUUCAUCAUGUCGAUCAAGAACGGGCUCCCUCUGCUCGACGGCGGCAUCUUCACCGAAGAAGGCCUCGCCACACACACGAUUGACCAGGCCGAUCGUCUCAUGGACUCGGUCCCCAAGCAGGUCGGCAAGUUCUUCCACCAGCGCAUCGUUCGCCACCUUGCCGAGGCCGACAAGGACAUUCUCGACGGCCUCAAGAAGGUCGGGUUCAGGACCUGGCCCGGUAUCGAGGGCACUGGGUGGCUGCUCUUGGCCCUGCACAAGGUCGGAGGCUACUACUUCACCGCGGGCGGUUCCGAGAUGAUCGCGGCAGGCAAGAUCGGCGUCAAGCCCGGAGAGAUCGCCUCGUUCGACGCAGACAAGUAUGUGACCUUCACCGACGGCUCGCGCGAGCAGUACGACCUGGUCGUCUUCGCGACGGGGUACACUGGCUUUCCCGCAACGGUCGCCGAGACGUUUGGCGAGGCGAACGCGGCCAAGAUCAAGCCGGUGUGGGGGCUCGACAAGGACUGGGAGGUGUGCGGCGUCGCGCGCGACAUGGGCCUGCCGCACGUCUUUAGCGUCAUUGGCAACUUUAUGAUGGCGCGCUGGUUCAGCAGGCGCGUCGCGCUGCAGAUCAUUGCGCAGAACGACGGCAAGUGGGCCGAGCCUUACACAAAGUAG